AUGACAUCAACAUCCAAAGGAAUUCUCCGCCCAUUUUUAAUCGUCUGCAUUAUCCUGGGCUGCUUCAUGGCAUGUCUGCUCAUUUACAUCAAGCCCACCAACAGCUGGAUCUUCAGCCCAAUGGAGUCAGCCAGCUCAGUGCUGAAAAUGAAAAACUUCUUCUCCACCAAAACGGAUUAUUUUAAUGAAACUACUAUUCUAGUGUGGGUAUGGCCAUUUGGGCAAACCUUUGACCUUACAUCCUGCCAAGCAAUGUUCAACAUCCAGGGAUGCCAUCUCACAACAGACCGUUCACUGUACAACAAGUCUCAUGCGGUUCUUAUCCAUCACCGAGACAUCAGUUGGGAUCUGACUAAUUUACCUCAGCAAGCUAGGCCACCCUUCCAGAAAUGGAUUUGGAUGAAUUUGGAAUCACCAACUCACACUCCUCAAAAGAGUGGAAUCGAGCACCUCUUCAACCUGACCCUGACUUACCGCCGUGACUCAGAUAUCCAAGUGCCUUAUGGCUUCUUGACGGUGAGCACAAACCCCUUCGUGUUUGAAGUGCCAAGCAAAGAGAAGUUGGUGUGUUGGGUUGUAAGUAACUGGAAUCCUGAGCAUGCCAGGGUCAAGUAUUACAAUGAGCUAAGCAAAAGCAUUGAAAUCCAUACUUAUGGGCAAGCAUUUGGAGAAUAUGUUAAUGAUAAAAAUUUGAUUCCUACCAUAUCUACUUGUAAAUUUUAUCUUUCCUUUGAAAACUCAAUCCACAAAGAUUACAUCACAGAAAAGCUCUAUAAUGCUUUUCUGGCUGGCUCUGUGCCAGUUGUUCUAGGGCCAUCUAGGGAAAACUAUGAAAAUUAUAUUCCAGCAGAUUCAUUCAUUCAUGUGGAAGACUAUAACUCUCCCAGUGAGCUAGCAAAGUAUUUGAAGGAGGUUGACAAAAACAAUAAGCUAUACCUAAGUUACUUUAACUGGAGGAAAGAUUUCACUGUAAAUCUUCCAAGAUUUUGGGAAUCACACGCAUGCUUGGCUUGCGAUCAUGUGAAAAGGCAUCAAGAAUAUAAGUCUGUUGGUAAUUUAGAGAAAUGGUUUUGGAAUUAA